AUGUUAUCUCCUGGUUCAUCAGUGGAAGGCACCCUUGAGCUUCCUGGGGCAAUUUGUUCCAUUAAAAAUACGCUCGACCCCAUAGAGAAUACCAUUGAACAGGUCUCUGAUGAUCGAUUUGGCGCUGUGGCGACCUUCAUUGGCACUACACGGAAUUCAUUCCAAGGCAAAGUUGUAACAAAGUUAGAAUACCAAGCGUACACAAAGCUCGCUCUCAAAACGAUGGCUACAAUUAUAACAGAAGCCCGAAACCAGACUGCAGAAUUUCGAGCAGUUGUUCAGCAUAGAAUCGGUGUUGUGGGAGUGGGUGAGCCGUCAAUAGUGAUAGCUGUCUCCUCUCCCCAUCGAAAGGAAGCAUUCCAUACUUGCGAAUUCAUCCUGGAAGAGGUAAAGCGUAAAGUGCAAAUAUGGAAAAGAGAAUACUACGAGGGGGAAGACGAACGCCAGGCAGAGUGGAAAUCCAAUGUGUAG